GUCACCCGGAAAUACUCAGAGCAGUCGGUGAACAUGCUGUACGCUGUUGCUUUUAAUGCUGUAAAUUUCACCACAAAAUGAUUAAAUUACUGCUACUUGAAUGGAUGUAAUUCAGUUUAUCAUGUUUUAAAGGUUUUCAGGUUGGAACUGCUGUUUGAAGUGAAAUGGGAAAGAAGAAGGUAAAGGACAGAAGUGCUGGAACAGACAGCAGCUCUGAGACUGCAGACAUGUGCAGGAACCACCAAAGUUAAUUACAGCAGGCUAGACCACACAGAACAUCAAAGGGCCCUCCUGCACUCACAUUCGUAAAGGAACAGAGAACAGCGUACUGAAGAAAGCCUGUCUGAAUGAGCACUGGAGCUCCUGUCAAGACUGUGAGCAGGACAAGCCUGAAGAAAAGCAGAUCUUAGAGGAUCAGACUGACGGAGAGAGUCCAGCUGUGUGGAUGUGUCUGAAAUGUGGACACAGAGGAUGCGGGAGAUCAGGGAAUCAGCACGCUAUCAAGCACUACGAGACCCCUCGCUCUGAGCCACACUGUUUAGUUCUCAGCCUGGACGUCUGGAGUGUCUGGUGUUACAUCUGUGAUGAUGAAGUGCAGUAUUCCAGCACAGGGCAGCUGGCACAGCUGAUCACUAAUAUCAGAAAACAAGUGCUGACGGCUCCUGACAAGAGGAAUGCCAGCAAAAAAAGUUGGAAAGAAGACAUCUCUGUGAUGAAUUCUGCAGAGCAAACGCAGGAUGAAGAGAAAGGGAAGAAGGGGAAGCAGAAGAGCAGCUCGAAACAAGAGGACAGUCCUAAAAGCCAUCAAUCAGCCGCCGCUGGAAGCUCAGCUGUGGUGUCUGUCAGGGGUCUCAGUAAUCUGGGAAACACGUGUUUCUUCAAUGCAGUCGUGCAGAGUUUAUCACAGACACAGUAUUUGAGGGAGCUGCUGAAGCAGAUUGCAGAGGAGAAGAGCAGCUUCUCCAUCACUCCAGCACUGUCAUCUGAGCUGGAUCCUCUUCAGAUCCAGCUGGAAAGGCCUGGAUCGCUCACUCUGGCUAUGUGUCAGCUAAUGAAUGAAAUCCAAGAGACCAAGAAAGGUGUUGUGACUCCUAAAGAGCUCUUCACACAAGUGUGUAAAAAAGCUCCACGUUUUAAAGGCUUUCAGCAGCAGGACAGUCAAGAGCUUCUGCGGUACCUUCUGGAUGGCAUGAGAGCUGAAGAAGCGAAAAGAGUAAAUUCAGGAAUUCUGGAGGCUUUAAAAUCUUCUGGCAAAAACUUUGAGGCUGAGCAGACGAAGAAGAUCGUUAAAGAGUAUGAGAAAGACGGAGCGCCCAAGAACUUUGUGGACCGAGUGUUUGGUGGAGCGAUGAGCAGCACAGUGAUGUGUAAAGAGUGCAAAACUGUAUCCCUGGUCACUGAGAUGUUUCUGGAUCUUUCUCUUCCUGUAGCCGAUGAGGCCUACAGGAAGAAGAAUCAGAAGAAAGCAGUCCAGCAUCGACACAGUGUCAGUGAUGAUGGAGACCAAGACACAAGUUCUCUAGCCAAUGGGAAUGAAGACAUGCCUACAGGAACAGGAAGCAAAUAUCAGCAGAAGAAAGCCAAAAAACAGGCCAAGAAACAAGCCAAGAAUCAGAGACGGCAGCAGAAACAGGGCGGUAAAGUCACCCUAGAUGCCAUAACCAAUCAGAGCUCAACAGAUCCAGCAGACAGUUCCAUGCAGACUCAGACGGUCUCCGUAAACGGCAGCGCUGAUGCACAACCAGCAGACACCAACCAAGAGGAUUUGAGCCUCGAGAAACACAACGAGGAUCAAGAUGAUGAGGAACCAGAGCAAGAACAAGCUGCUUCAGUGAACAACCGCUUCACUGCAUUAUCUGAAGACCAGACAACUGAAGAUAUAGCAGAACAAGUGAAUGAAGAUGAAGAUGAAAUUGAGCAGAAUUGUGCUGAAGAGGAAGAGCUAGUAGAAGAACUGAAUACAAUGUCUCUGACAACACCAUCAGAAGGUGAUGUAGAAAAUGGAGAAGACACCUUGGAGGAUGUUAAAGAGUAUACCGUGGUAAAUCGGGACCCUGAGCUGGCAUUUCGAGCACUGGCCUCCAGGACGGCACCAGUGAAGCAGGAGUGUUCAGUGGAGUCCUGCCUGUAUCAGUUCACUGAGGUGGAGCAUCUGACUGAGAACAACAGACUGAUGUGUGUUACAUGCACUAAACAACAGCCGGGAUAUAAAGAUGGUUGUAAGAAGGCUGUUUACAGAGAUGCACUGAAGCAGAUGCUGAUCUCUGAUCCUCCAGUGGUGCUCACCCUCCACCUGAAGAGAUUCCAGCAGGUUGCAUACAGUGUUUGUAAGGUCAACAGACACGUGCAGUUUCCUCAGAUCCUGGAUCUCGCUCCAUUCUGCUCUUUAAACUGCACGGGUGUAAAAGAGGGCGAGACGCAGGUGCUGUACAGUCUCUAUGGCAUAGUGGAACACAGUGGCACCAUGCGCUCUGGACACUACACUGCCUAUGUUAAAUCACGACCCUCCACACACAAUUGUGUACAAAACGGGACUGCUGCUGCAUCAGGUGACGCCGAGGCCAGUAAAGGAUCCUGGUUUCACAUCAGCGACAGCAGCGUCCAUCCGGUUCCAGAGGCCAAAGUACAGAGUUCCCAAGCCUACCUCUUAUUCUACGAGAAGAUCUCAUAAAGCUUUGCUAAAACGAGCUACGAUCCAUACAAAGGGCUGCUGGUGCUUCAUUCUGACUGCUGGGAAAUCUACAUAAAACAAUGCAAACAACUGGAAACUUGACAUCAUGUUAUUUGUUUAUCAGCUCUUAUUCAGGGGAAACUUUUAAUACAUCUAAACCAGUGAUUCCCAACCCUGUUCCUGAAGACACACCAAUAGUGCACAUUUUCAACCUCUCCCCUACUAAAUGGCAUCCAAAAUAUGUACUGUUGGUGUGCCUCUAGGAACAGGGUUGGGAAACACUGAUCAAAGUGACAUGCAGAACCUAAUUGUGAUCAUUAGGAUUUUUUAAAGUUAAUAAGGCUCAUUUGUGAUUUGAAAGUGAUUAAUUGUUCAUAUUUCCUACCUCUAGGUCUUGAUAAUACAGUCUGAAGAGGCUUUGUUGUGGUGCAUUUCUCAACAUUUAUCUCCAUAUGCUAUAUGGCAGUGUUUCUCAACCACGUUCCUGGAGGCCCAUCAACACUGCAUGUUUUGGAUGUCUCCUUUGUCUGUCACACCCAUUACAUGUCUUUCAGUCUCUGCUAAUGAGGAGAUGAUCUGAAUCAGGUGUGUUUGGUAAAGGAGACAUGGAAAAUGUGCAAAGAUGGUGAUCCUCCACGAACGUGGUUGAGAAACACUGCUAUAUAGGACUUUGUUGUCAAGUCUGGGAGUCCUUUGAAUCAAUUAGAGUCAAUUUUCACCUCAAAAUGAUGAUAAUUAAGCACAUUUUCCAACAAUGUUCAUUGCUCUUAUGCAAAUAAUCUUUUAUUAAUAUGAAUUUAAUGCUGCAAAUUAUCAUGGACACAUUUUUAAUAAUUAUAUUAUGUAAACACAAACAAUGCCAAGUGAAUUUGAGUUUAGAAAUGCAAAUAAACAUUAGGUUAAAUAAUAAAAGGUAAAUGUACUUUUUGUUUAAUUUUGGGAAGAAAUAUGAACAUAAAUAUGACCAAUACAUCCAUUUAAAUUUCUAAAAAUGUCUAAAAUGUAUGUAUUUUUCCUCCAGAAUAUCGUUACAACUUUAUAUUGCAAUAAAUAUCUUGUCCUCAUAUAA